GUCAUCUCCACAUAAACUGUCCGGGGAAACUUCCCCCCCACUCGCUCUGCAGCAGCAAACAAAAGAGGAAGAUGGAAAAGUCAUUGUGCAUGUUGGCUGCACUGAUUUUUCUGGGAGGAUUUUUAGACGCAGUGUUUACGAACAAUCCAACAACUGAGAUUAAUUUAUUGUUGAACAACAAGACGACAGCUGAGUGUGUCACUGUGCAGCCGCAGGAUCACAGCUCAGACAGACAGACUCCAACUGCAGCACAGACACAGCUACACACCACCGCUGUCAGAGACACACAGCUGCACAAGAAAAACACCAGCGAAGAAGAAAGAAAGAAAGAAGAGAAAGCAGAACUGGACUGUCCUCCGCUCGGCCUGGAGUCCCUGCGGGUCGAUGACAGCCAGAUCCAGGCGUCCUCCUACCAGAGGACGGGUCUGGGUCCACACAGGGGCCGGCUGAACAUCCAGUCUGGCAUCGAGGACGGGGACCUGUACGAUGGAGCCUGGUGUGCCGAGUACAAGGACCGGCACCAGUGGCUGGAGGUGGACGCCAUCCACCUCACGCUGUUCACGGGAGUCAUCCUGCAGGGCCGAAACUCCAUCUGGAGUUGGGACUGGGUCCACACCUACAAAGUGCAGCUGAGUAACGACUCUGUGAGCUGGAAAACCUGCAUGAAUGGAACAGAAGAGGCGAUAUUUGAAGGGAACCAGAACCCAGAGACCCCGGUGCUCGGACGGCUUCUUGUUCCCACCGUCGCCCGUUAUAUCCGCAUCAACCCUCAGACCUGGUACUUUAACGGCACCGUCUGCCUCCGGGCGGAGAUCCUCGGCUGUCGGGUGCACGAUCCAGCUGACAUCUACUCCUCAGAACAAGAAUUUGUAUCAAAAGACGCUCUGGACUUCAGACAACACAACUACAAAGACAUGAGGAAGCUCAUGAAGUCUGUGACGGAGGAGUGCCCGGACAUCACGCGCAUCUACACCAUCGGGAAGAGCUACACGGGCCUCAAGCUGUACGUCAUGGAGAUCUCAGACAACCCCGGGAAACAUGAACUAGGCGAGCCGGAGUUUCGCUACGUGGCCGGGAUGCACGGGAACGAGGCUCUUGGCCGGGAGCUCGUCCUCAACCUCAUGCAGUAUCUGUGCAGAGAAUACAAGAAGGGCAACCAGCGCGUCGUCCGGCUGGUGAGCGACACUCGGAUCCACCUGCUGCCCUCCAUGAACCCUGAUGGAUACGAGGAAGCUUAUAAGAAGGGCUCGGAACUGGCCGGCUGGGCGGACGGACGAUACAGCUUCGAAGGAAUCGACAUGAAUCACAACUUUCCAGACCUGAACAACAUCAUGUGGGACGCCCAGGAGGCGGCAGCGGACACAUCUAAAGUCUCCAACCACUACAUCCCGAUCCCGGAGUACUACACGCAGGAAGACGCCAUGGUUGCACCAGAGACGCGUGCAGUCAUCAGCUGGAUGCAGGACAUUCCCUUUGUGCUCAGUGCGAACCUCCACGGGGGGGAACUGGUGGUCACGUACCCCUUCGACUGCACCCGGGACUGGGCCCCCCAGGAGGACACCCCCACGGCGGACAACGCUUUCUUCCGCUGGCUGGCCACCGUGUACGCCUCCACCAACCUGGUGAUGUCCAACCCCGACCGCCGGCUCUGCCACUACGAGGACUUCCAGGCGCACAACAACAUCAUCAACGGCGGGGCCUGGCACACCGUCCCCGGCAGUAUGAAUGACUUCAGCUACCUGCACACGAACUGCUUCGAGGUGACGGUGGAGUUGUCCUGUGAUAAGUUUCCUCACGUCAGCGAGCUUCCCGUGGAGUGGGAGAACAACAAGGAGUCUCUGCUGGUUUACAUGGAGCAGGUUCACAGAGGCAUCAAGGGCGUAGUCCGGGACAAGAUGACAAAACAAGGAAUAUCAGACGCUGUAAUCAAGGUGGAGGACCACAAGCACGACAUCCGAUCAGCUACUGACGGAGACUACUGGCGUCUGCUGAACCCGGGCGAGUACAAGGUGGUGGUCUGGGCCGAGGGUUACUUCCCCUCCAUGCGUCGGUGCCACGUGGGCACAGAGCUGCGUCCCACCAUCUGUGACUUCACCCUGACCAAGACGUCCCUUCAGAGGCUGAAGGAGGUCCGGGCCAAGGGAGGGAAGAUCCCGCAGGAUCUUCAGCUGCGUCUGCGCGCUCUGAGGGUCCGCAAGCUCCGUGCCAGCACCAAGGCCAUCAACCAGCGCAGGGAGAGCACGCGGCUGCUGGCGGCGAGGAAAGCUUGAGGGGGGGGUCGAGGGGCUGGAGAGGAGCUCAACAAGCUCAAACUGAGAAACCUCUGGGAGAAGUUCCUACGAGAGAGGGAGCACAAUAUUAAAGGGUCAGUUCACACAAUUUACAAAAAUGUAUUUUGUCUGCAGUCCCAGUGAUUUUAUAUAUAUAUAUAUAUAUAUUUAUAUGUGCCGAUCACAACUUUCAAAUAUUGACCCAUUUGUGCCCAAUAUAACCCAUAUAUAGUAUAAUAAGGAAAAAUAAUAAUACUUUUAUUUAUAGAGCAUUUGUCAUACAAUUGAGGCAUCUUAAAGUGAUUUAAAAAAUAAAUAAAAACACAUUUAAACAGAGAGUCAAUAUAAAUAGACAAUAAAAAGACAGUAGAUGCCAAAAUAUACAAGUGAAAUUAAUUUUGAGGCCUUUAAAAAUAAUAAUAAUUAAGAGAAUUAGUAAAGAACCCAAUGAGGACGACAUUCUUAAAUACUUUAAUAUUAAGUAAAGUAUAAAAAUGCAAGAACAUUUAUUCUGAUGGUCUGAAGUCGUGAAAUCUGAUUCGGACAAUUUCACAUAUCACAUAAAAAGGUCAGGAUUCAUUUUUUAAAUGAGGAAAAAUGCUCAUGUUGUGUUUAUUAAAUGACUUCCUUAUAUACAGUAUAUGAAAUAUUUUCGUGUUUAGUCUUUUGGCUCAUGGGAUUACAUUUCUUUCUAUAAAGAAAUAUAAAGAACAAACAUCACGUGUACAAAGACUAAAUAUAGUACGAUAAGAAAAACUCUUCAGGAUAAUAAAUCCGAUUUUCAGUUGCGGAAAUGGUUUAAAUAAAAUAAAAAACAGCGAUGUAUUCGGGUGUACUGACCCUUUAAACAGAUUAAACUGUAAACUGUAAGAGCAUUUGUUUUACAAAAACAAAGACACACUGAAUAACUUCUUUAAAAAGUUAAACUAAAAGGUUGUGGCGCUUCUCGAAAGAUUACGGAUCUCCACAUUUAUAGACUGGCAUCAGUGAAAGUUAAAGUUUCACUUGUUUUGUACAUGAACUGUUUCGUUUGUUGACGACGGAGUCGAGGAUUUAAGAGUCAGCUGGUCUGACAUGUGAAAUGUUUUUAUUUGUUUGACUAAAGUCCAACAGGAACAUAAAAUCUCUAAUAAAUAUGACGUAUUUGUG